CUAUGCAGACGGUGUGACGUCAGCCAGAGUCGGUCAGCUGGCUCCUCCAUCUGAGCAGCACAGAGAGCCUCUCCCACAGGGAGACAUCACCAAAAAACGCCCGAGUCUGGCCAGCAGCAUCGGCGGCCUGCCGGAAGAGGAAAAGAUAUGGAUAAAACAAGACUAUAGUGGGGGAUCGGCCAUCGGCGAUUAUCGGGAAGACUAACUAGAAUAUUUAUUUACCUAUUUAUUAAUUAUUUAUUUUCCCUGCCAGCAAUGGCUGGGGUCCAUGGCUGCGGCUGCUGAGAGGCAGGUGCAAUACCAUCGACGAAGGCGUUUCGCUCCUCGGCAUGGACGAUCUACAGGCUGGCCCAGUGCCCAUCCACAGCGCCCAGGAUCUGAUGCUUUCUGCCGGAGGACAGGGAUAACAGGGCCGCGACUGGAGGAGAUAGCCCGUAACUGGCUGGAGGAGCGGGAGGAGGAGGAGGAGGAGGAGGGGGUCUAUUCAUAUCAGUUUAUUAGAACCGAUAUUUUCAGCAGGGGAAUCAAGGUUAUGCGCACACAACAGUCUGCCUCCGUUCUGUAAACCUGCUGCAAAAUGGCAUGACUGUUCUCCUUUUUGAAGGCAGACUGUGAUUGAAUGUGCCCCUUCCCCCGUGCUGAGCACAUUCAAAAGCGGUGACACCCUCGCCUUUUAGGAGGGCCUGAAAAACUGUUGAGAGGAGGCGCAGCUUCAUCUGGACCACAGCUGCCAAGAUGAUGGAGCUGCAGAUAGACGAGGUGGUCUACCAGGAUGACUACGGCUCCGGCUCCGUGAUGUCGGAGCGGGUGUCGGGCCUGGCAAACAGCAUCUACCGGGAGUUCGAGCGGCUGAUACACAGCUACGAUGAGGAGGUGGUGAAGGAGCUGAUGCCGCUUGUGGUGAACGUCCUGGAAAACCUCGACGCGGUGCUGACGGAGAACCAGGAGCACGAGGUGGAGCUGGAGCUGCUGAAGGAGGACAACGAGCAGCUCAUCACCCAGUAUGAGAGGGAGAAAGCGCUGCGCAAGCAGGCGGAGGAGAAAUUUAUUGAAUUUGAGGAUUCGCUGGAGGCCGAGAAGAAGGACCUGCAGAUACAGGUGGAGUUUUUGGAGCUACAGGGGAAACAGCUGGAGCUGAAGGCAAAGAACUAUUCUGACCAGAUCACUCGGCUGGAAGAGCGAGAGUCAGACAUGAAGAAAGAGUACAACGCUCUGCAUCAGCGCCACACUGAGAUGAUUCAGACGUACGUCGAGCACAUAGAGCGGUCCAAAAUGCAGCAGGCGGGGAGUAACAGCCAAUCAGAAGGCACCGGCUGUGGACGAUCUCAACGACACACAUGGAGGAAAAGCAGCAAAGCAGAGCGCCCACCAUCGUUGAGCCUGUACCCUGAUGGCAUGGUACGUGGGGGACUCGGGGGGGCUAGGAUGAUUCCCGGGAAAGACAUCUGGCAGGUCAGCGAGCUCGGCCACUCUACCUUCAGCUCCGCCUACCAGGAGGACGGAUCAGAGUCGGACUCGGUGGCGGCCACACCCAGCAGCACAGGAAGUAAGUCCAACACACCCACCUCCUCUGUCCCGUCCGCCACAGUCACCCCCAUCAACGAGAGCUUCCACGGGCACGACUUUGACGUCACGCGGCCUGGAAACCGCAGGAAAAGCGCUAAGCGUCUCAGCCGGAAUAUGGAGGUGCAGGUUUCCCAGGAAACCAGGAAUGUCAGCAUCGGUAUGGGAAGCAGCGACGAGUGGUCGGAGUUUCAGGAGCUCAUCGAUUCUACACCAGAGCUGGAUAUGUGUCUGGACCCCCGUAUUUAUGGAGGAGGAAACAGCCCCUCCCAGGGCAUAGUUAACGAGGCCUUCGGCAUCAACACAGACUCUCUCUACCACGAGAUCAAAGACGCCAAGUCGGACAUCAUUGGGGAUGUGGAUGCAGGUGCUGAGCUGCUGGGCGAGUUCUCAGUCCCUGAUGAUUUCUUAGGGAUGAGCAAGGAGUGGGAGAACAUGCUGGCAGAGAACAAACAGCUCUUACAGACCAAAAAUGCUCUAAAUAUUGUCAAAAAUGACCUUAUUGCCAAAGUGGACGAGCUGUCGGGGGAGAGGGAGGUACUGAGGGAGGAGCUGGAGGCGGUGAGACAGUCAAAGAACAAGGUGGAUGCCAGAAUCAAGGAACUCGAAGAAGAACUCAAGAGGUUGCGAGCAGAGGCUCUGGGGGCUUCUCGGGACUCCAAGGAUGAAGUUGGUGAUGAUUUUUCAUCGCCGAUGCAAGACGGCGACAUGACAAUGACCCAGCGGCGGCGAUUUACCCGGAUGGAGAUGGCCCGGGUGCUGAUGGAGAGAAACCAGUACAAAGAGAGACUGAUGGAGCUGCAGGAGGCCGUACGGUGGACAGAGAUGAUCAGAGCAUCCCGUGAGAAUCCUCCCAUCCAAGAGAAGAAGAAGUCUACCAUCUGGCAAUUCUUCGCACGUCUCUUCAGCUCAUCAUCCAGCCCGCCGCCCGUCAAGCGGCCGUUCUGCAACGUCAACAUCCAUUACAAAUCUCCCUCACCGGCCGGUUUCCCUCAGAGACGCAGCCACACCAUGUGUCAGAUCUCCACCUCCAACCGUACCCUGGAGUUCUUCCCUGAAGAACUGGCCAGUAACGGUGUUGCGUCUCUCCUCAGUGACUCGGCGAUGUUGGCCCGCCGAGAGCAACGCCGUGAACAGUACCGGCAGGUUCGUGAGCACGUGCGCCGUGAUGACGGCAUCAUGCAGACCUGCGGCUGGAGCGUGCCAUCUCGAUUCAAACAGACUGGUGGUCAGACGGACAGCGCUCAGGACAGCCCGCUGAAGAGGCAGCAGACAACCAACGAGAAAGAGGAUAACCGCAUGAAGAAUGUCCCCGUCCCAGUUUACUGUCGCCCUCUGGUGGAGAAGGAUCCCAACAGGAAGCUGUGGUGUGCAGCAGGAGUGGAUUUGACAGGAUGGAGAGUCAGCAGCCAGGAGACAUCAGAGAAAGCACCAGCGUGCAGCACCGACCCUCUGCACGCUGAGGAGGACGGAGCUGAUAAGAAGAAGAACCACACGUCUCCCGAGAAGAGGAAGUCAAAGGAGCUCCAGGAAACAGACACAAUGAGCAGUCGAGUGUGGAUCCUCACCAGCACCCACUCUGCCAGCAAGGUGGUCAUCAUCGAUGCCAACCAGCCCGGCUCACUGGUUGACCAGUUCAAUGUCUGCAAUGCCCAUGUACUCUGCAUCUCCAGCGUGCCAGCUGCCAGCGAGAACGACUAUCCAGCCGGAGAGAUCGUGUUGGAUCCAGGUGAAGGUGGAGCAGGGGGAGGAGAGGACACCGGCAGCGUGGAGGGCAUGUUGGCCGGCAUCACUCUAGUCGGCUGCGCCACCAACUGCAGCGUUGCACGUAGCAACUGUUCCUCUCGCACAGAUACGCCAAUCAUGGACAAAGGACAAGCUCCCAUUGCUCCACCGAUGAAUGGGAAGAUUCACCCAGCCCAAUCAGCCGAGGAAGCCACGGAGGCCACAGAAGUUCCCGAGUCAACGGCCAGCAACACAGAAAUGAGAUCUGGACCUCCGGGACCGUUUACUGAGCACGUCUUCACUGAUCCUCAGCCUCGCCCAGCAGAUGCCUCUGAUAGGAGCUCAGGCCAGUCCAAGGAGGAAACAUCACACCCUCCAGAGUCAGAGGAUGGAGGUGAUGAGACCAAAAACUACACCAGCGUGGCCCCCACCAUGUGGCUCGGGGCCCAGAAUGGCUGGCUUUAUGUCCACUCAGCUGUGGGAAACUGGAAGAAGUGUCUCCACUCCAUCAAACUUAAAGACUCAGUGCUCAGUCUGGUGCAUGUGAAAGGCCGCGUGCUGGUUGCCCUCGCCGAUGGGACACUCGCGAUAUUCCACAGAUCGGAGGAUGGCCAGUGGGAUUUGUCCAACUACCACCUCAUGGACCUCGGCCGACCUCAUCACUCCAUCCGCUGCAUGGCCGUCGUCCACGAUAAAGUGUGGUGCGGCUACAAGAACAAGAUCCACGUCAUUCAGCCAAAGAGCAUGCAGAUAGAGAAGUCCUUCGAUGCCCACCCUCGGAGGGAGAGUCAGGUACGGCAGCUAGCCUGGAUCGGUGAUGGAGUCUGGGUGUCGAUCCGACUGGAUUCAACCUUGCGUCUCUAUCAUGCGCACACGCACCAGCACCUCCAGGAUGUAGACAUAGAGCCAUACGUCAGCAAGAUGCUGGGUACCGGCAAGCUGGGAUUCUCUUUUGUGCGAAUCACAGCGCUUCUGAUUGGUGGAAAUCGUCUUUGGGUCGGGACUGGAAACGGUGUCAUCAUCUCCAUCCCACUGACAGAGACGGUGGUCCUUCACCGAGGACAGCUCCUGGGUUUGAGGGCCAAUAAGGUGUCACCUACAUCUUCUGGCGGGGUGAUCCAUGUGUACGGCGACGAUGGCUCUGAGAAGAGCAGCGGCAGCUUCAUCCCCUACUGCUCAAUGGCACAGGCCCAACUCUGUUUCCAUGGACACCGUGAUGCUGUCAAGUUCUUCGUCUCUGUGCCGGGCAAUGUCCUGGCUACCCUAAAUGGCAGUGUGUUAGACAGUCCAUCAGAAGGACAGGGCUCCACCGCUCCCACAGAGACGGAGGCGCAGAGUGUUCAGAACGUGUUGGUGCUGAGUGGAGGCGAGGGUUACAUCGACUUCCGCAUAGGCGAUGGAGAGGAUGAUGAGACGGAGGAAGGAGAAAAUGGUGGUGGUGGGGCUUCGCAGAACAAACCUACUUUGUGCAAAGCUGAGCGGAGCCACAUCAUCGUCUGGCAGGUGUCUUAUGUACCCGAGUGACACCUGAGAUCUGCUUUAACACCUCACGCAUCCACCCAUCUCCUUAACGAGAUCUCUUCUCCUGCCCAGAAGCUUUCAGCCACCCAAACCUUGUAAUUUUCCCCCGGUCAUGUAAAAGUCCCCCCUUUGGCUCUAAAACGACCAUUAAAGCCGUGUAUCGUCCCUUGUAACUAUUAUACCCCCUCCUGUCCCAGACCUUAAAACCUAGAAACCUGCCUGCCAUCCUGUUUCUGUCCCACGCAGGGCAUUGUAAUGAUUCAUGAGCUUUGUAACCCAGCCUCAUAACUACCUCCCUUCUCUGUAUCAACCUUAUAUUCACCCUGUAAGCACACUGUAUCUCUUCCUAUAUUUACCUCAAUUGUCCUGCAUCUGCCCCAGAGUUAUUCCUCAUCUUCCUCCAUUUAGUUAAUCAUCAGUGAAAACUCCACCUCAUUUUAAAGCAAAGCCCCAAAAUGCACAAAAAUAAGGAAAAAGAACAGCAGCAGCAGGAAAGGCAACACCGGCAUGUAGACAUCAGUCCUACCAACGGCCAUCUGGCAGACCAUUAACAAUCAGGGACUCUGCUUUAUGCAUCUACAUAUUCUUAGACAGUGUGCGAGGAAGCAGAAAGCUAAGGCCUCGGUUUAAGGUCAAAGUUCACACAAAAGUGUGGCGUUCAAGUCAGGAUGAGCAUACACGGAACAAAUAGGAAGUCAAAUUACUUAAUUUCCAACCCCCUGCAGAAGCCUGGGUUCUCCCAGCUGCUGCUUAAAACAUUUUGCUUCACAUGUCACAAUGAGUCGCCUCCAUAAGAGUCCUGAUGGGGCUCUAAGGUCAGAUUGUGUCCACAUACAAAAGGAGUUCCACUGUGUCGAGGGUUCAGUCCAGAUCUCAUCUCUCUCAUUUCUCUGCCUGGCUGUUGAUGGGACGGUGAACAGUGGCGUGUUGUCAUCGUAUGUACAGGGAGUUGUGUAAAUCUCCACUGAAACCCAUCCUCUUUGUUCAGUAUGGAAAUUCUCGCAUCGAUCUCUAUCUCUGUGUAUUAAAUAUUAAACAUAUGUGUGCUCAGAACAAUUAA